GAAAAUAUCACCCCUGUUUGUGAAGCUUUUUAUAGCAGCGGCAUUUAGGUCCUCUCGCUUUCUUCCACUCAACGGCGAAAAAUUAAAGACAAUGAAGAUCCCAAAUAAUCCCGGAGCAGGCGAAAACGCCCUCGAGCCAAUCUACAUUAAGGACGACGAUGGAUAUGACCUUGACACAUUUUUAAUCCCCGAUCACUACAAGAACUACCUCACGAAGGUGCUAAUCCCCAAUGGAGUUUUAAGGAACCGAAUAGAGAAGCUCGCAUUUGACAUAAAAAGAGUUUACAGGAAUGAGGAAUUUCACAUUAUCUGCUUACUGAAAGGAUCAAGGGGGUUCUUCAGUGCGUUGCUGAAAUAUCUGAACAGGAUUCACAACUACAGCUCGACUGAGUCACCAAAGCAUUUAUAUGUGGAACAUUAUGUACGUGUUAAGUCUUACUGUAACGACCAAUCCUUAGACCGUAUCGAAAUUGUGAGCGAAGAUUUAUCCUGCCUAAAGGGUAAACACGUCUUAAUUGUAGAAGAUAUUAUUGACACAGGAAAAACCUUGUCAAAGUUUUGUGAUUAUUUAAAAAAGUUUGAAGUUAAAACAAUUGCCAUUACAUGUUUGUUCAUUAAAAGAACUCCUCUUUGGAACGGCUUUAAGGCUGACUUUGUUGGUUUUUCAAUUCCAGACUCCUUCGUCGUUGGCUACAGCUUAGAUUACAAUGAGAAAUUUAGAGACCUAGACCAUUUGUGCUUGGUGAAUGAAGAAGGCAUAAAUAAAUUCCGCACUACCCCUCCUAGUGCAUGAACCAAGUUUGUAGGAGGAAAUAAUGCGCCAUUCGCAGGACGACUAUGUGAGAGAUUUUGCACAGCCCUUCGUGAAAUGGGCAUUCGGACAUGCGGUUC